AUUUUGGAGUUUUCAAAAUGAACGAAAUUUUACUUCCAUUGUGUAGAAUGGAUAUUCCUAAUUAAUUGCAGAAACACAAAAAUUCGAUGAUAAUGUUAUCACUGAAAUAUAUUUGCAUUUUUUUUAAAUAUAUUAAUUCUGAGUAGAUUUAAAUGUAACUAAACGCCGAAAUUAGUCGUAGCGUAACAAACAGUCAGCGCGCCGUGCAGCGGAAAUAAAAUCAGAUGGCAAUCCACUGCCACUGCCAGCGGCCCUCCGCCGCCUACAACGUCGUCUUCUCCGGUGACGUCGUUUACGCCACAGUCACGCGCGACCCCGCCGCCGUCUCCCAGUGGAUUCGCGAUGUCAGCUCCCUCUACGGCCACCGCCUCACCGUCGGCCUCGACAUCGAGUGGCGCCCAAACUACCUCCGCGGUGAACAGAACCCCGCCGCCACACUCCAGCUCUGCGUCGGGCGCUGCUGCCUGAUCUACCUGCUCAUCCACUCGCCCUACUUUCCCGUCCAGCUCAUCCGAUUCCUCUCCUACUCCGACCACAAUUUCGUCGGAAUCGGAGUCAAAUCCGAUCUGAGAAAACUCCAGCGGGAUCAUAGACUUGGGUACGGCGCGAAGACGGUGGAUCUGGGGAGAUUGGCGGCGGAUGUCUAUAAAAUGAAGGAAUUGAAAAACGUGGGAUUGAAGAAUCUGGCGCGAUUUGUGCUUGGGAAAGAGAUGGAGAAGCCGAAAUCGGUGACCAGAAGCCGUUGGGAUAACCCGCGGUUGACGGCGGAUCAAGUGCACUAUGCUUGCAUUGAUGCUUAUGUAAGUUUUGAGAUUGGUCGGGUGUUGAAUGCUUGUGUUUUUGGGUGAUUUCAAUGAUCAAAUUUGUUUGUGAUUUGAUAUGUGUUUUGAGUUUUAUUAUUAGAUGAAAUUUCUGGUGAUUUAUGGGA